CUGCCUCAAUGACUCAUGGUGCCUGAUAGAGCAGCUGCAAUUUUCAUAGUGAGAAUCUCUUGCUCUCUCCAUCGUGUCUCCACAGUUCUUUUUCGGAUCGUCUCUCUGGAUGAAGACUUCCGUCCCCUCAAUGAGAAGUUUCCAUUGGUCUUCAUCAAGGACCCCCAGAAGAACCGAGUGUUCCAGUGGCGAGAGGUGGAGUUAAAUGGGGGCCUCAGCCAGCUCUCCUUCCUCCUCACCUCUGAGCCCAUCCAAGGCACCUACAAUGUGGUGGUACAGAAGGAGUCGGGGACAAAUCUAGAACAUUCCUUUACUGUGGAGGAAUAUGUGCUGCCCAAGUUCGAGGUGUCGGUGAGGAUGCCCAAGAAAAUCACCAUCCAGGAUGAGGAGCUGAAAGUAGCUGUCUGUGGCCUAUACACCUAUGGGCCCCCUGUCCCCGGCCUCGUGAAUGUCCGUGUGUGCCGGAGGUUUUCUCAGGCCAGGUCAGACUGCUAUGGAAGAGAAGGCGAGGCUGUGUGUGAGGAAUUCACCGGGAAGGCGGACAGUCAAGGCUGUGUCUCCAGUGUGGUGAAGACUAAAAUAUUCCAGCUCAAGCGAAACGGUUACGAGAUGAAAAUUGAGGUGGAAGGCAAGAUCACAGAAGAGGGUACAGGGGUGGAGCUAACUGGGACAGACUCCAGUGAGAUCACAGGUACCAUGAGCAAAAUCAGCUUUGAGCAGGUGGACUCUCAUUACCGGCCGGGGAUCCCCUUCUUCGGGCAGGUGAAGCUGGUGGAUGGGACUGAUGCUCCAAUCGCCAACGAAAGAAUCCAGAUUUCCAUGGGGGGAAACAAAUACGCGACGAAUAAAACGGGCCAAGUCUGGUUUUCCAUAGACACUGUCAACUUCACAGACACCUCUAUUCAGAUUGCGGCCACACAUAAAUCGGAACUGAACUGUUACGACAGCACCUGGGUCACCCCCGAGUACGGUAGUGCCCAUCACUCAGUGACGCGCUUUUACUCCCCGAGUCAGAGCUUUCUCAAAAUCGAGCCCGUGCCUCAGACUUUUAGCUGCGGCUCCAGUGUGGGAGUCCGGGUGCACUAUAUCCUGAAGCCAGAGGCCGUGCGGGAACAGAAGGAAAUCGUCUUCUACUACUUGGUGAUGGCCAAGGGAGGCAUCGUGAGGGCAGGCACCAAGGAGCAUCCUGUGGGGGAUGGGGAACUUGUCCAGGUAUUUGAGCUGAGGGUCCCCGUGGGGCCCGAGAUCGCCCCCCUGGCCCGGGUACUUGUAUACACCACGUUACCCAGCGGGGAAGUUGUCGCCAACUCGGAAGAUUUCAAGAUUGAAAACUGCUUUGCCAAUAAGGUCGACUUGCAUUUCUCACCAGUCGAGGGCCUCCCAGCCUCUGAUGCUCACCUACAGGUCAGAGCCUCCCCGGGCUCCCUGUGCGCCGUCCGAGCUGUGGACAAGAGCGUUCUCCUCAUGAAGCCUGAAGCCGAGCUGUCGCCCAGCUCUGUGUACGAUUUACUCCCGGUGAAGGACAUCAGGGGCUAUGAUUACAGGGGGCACCAUGUGGAGGAGGAAGACGAAAACCCUUGUGUGAGUCUCAGCAAUGUCAUUUUAAAUGGAUUCAUCUACACGCCCGUUUCUCCUGACGGGGAAGGGGAUGCCUUCCACAUUCUCAAGGUGAGCGCCAGGCCUCCCGGUAGUGUCUGAAAUUGCUGUUGGUUUAGA